AUGUCUCAUCGACCUCUCGACAUCCUUAGAAAGGAGGCUCGCGCAGCCGAUCGCGCCCCCCAUCUUCGUCGCAAGCAAAUGCCCAUGACAGACACAAUUGAUGCUCUGGAUACCAUUGGCGGAAUGUAUCAUCAUGGCGGCCCGUAUGACGCCACUCUGGCAAGCCGCAACCGCAACAAGAUGUACUCACCCGUUGCUGCUGUUGAAGACUCGAACCGAGAAGCCCUUCGCGCUACUCCCAGAGAAAACAUUCAAGAUGCUCUGCUCAAGAAGAUGCCUCUCCAAGGCACUGCUGAUAUUCCCAGCGGUGAGCGGGACAUGAGCGGCAACACCAUAGAUUACGAAGAGGGUGCUGAUCUCAUGAGAGAACCUGAUGCUAUGGGUGGCGCAUACAAGCGUUGGGAUGGUAUUCAAUAUCACCCCGAUGACCUCAAGGGCAAGGGCGAGCCCUCUUACACUUACGAGAAGGACCUCAAGGAGCAAAAGCGUUUCCGCCGAGGUGAACCCGUCGAGUACGAACUCUCAUCAAACAUGCGAGGCAGCAAGCGUCCACCUUUCAGCCACAACCGAAGCUUCAGCGAGAACCCACGGACAACGCCUGAAUUCGCAAACGGCACUGAUAUUCGCCGCAACAACUCGACAGGCAAACAUCGUCUGAGCGACGGUAUUCGACGACGUUUCGGCAGCAUGCGACGCAAGAAGGUUGAGGUUGAGUAG